CAGCAAUUGGUCAGGUGUUUGCGAAAGGAAGAGGGAAGGAGAAAAUCAAAAAGAAAAAAGAAAAAGAAAAAGAGGGCAAAAAAGAAGGACAAAAAGAGAGCGAAACACAGGACCUGGGGGACAUCCGUCCUCCACCACCCCAGACAUGGAGGCCGCGUCGCUUUUGAAGCUGACCACCGCGCUGGAUCAAGGCUCCUCUGAGCACAUGCCCCAAAAGCUCGAGGAGCUAUGGCAAGCAUUGACGGGAUGUGUCUCUGGCGGGUCUCACGCCACGGAGAAGGUGAUCCUCAGAUGGCUGCUCAAGGCCAUGAACGGGCCCUCGCCCGAUGCCGAGACGCUCCGCCGGUACCCCCUGACAUGGGCCAUCAUGGGAUGCGUGUUUGCACGCAUUCCCCUCUUCUCGCUGGCCAAGGCUCUCGCGGACCGGCGCUUUGUUGGGAUCCUCCAGCGGACGGCAAAGGAUCUGUCCACGCCCUGCGCCCCAGACGCUGCCGCGCGACCAGACACAACUGCCAAGGCUCCCAAGGACUCACGGAAGCGCAAGAGAUCAUCCACGGCGCCUUUCGAUCUCGACGCUCUCCGACACCCCAGAGGCUGUCUUGAGUCGGCCGGGCCGCUGUUUGCAGCCCUCGAAGUCCUGCUGUUCAGGGCGGCCCCGAACGACGCCAGUCCUCCCGCCAGCGAGCGAGCCGGGGCCGAGCAUAUCAAGGCCCUCUUCCGCGCCCCGGCCUCUGAGGCCAUCGCUAUCCUGUCGCCUCUGCUGGCCAUCUGCGAUCUUGCCAUCAAGAAUCAGGGCUCUAUCGAUGUGUUUGAUGGCCAGCAGUCAUGGAUCCGCACUGCGACCGGGCUGUGGGAGCUGCGCCUACACAAGGCCACCGACACCCUCGAGUUCGCCAUCCACACCGCCGGACCCUGCUGUCUUAUGUUGUCAGAGUUGCCCAAUGGCGGUAGUGCCUCUGCCUCACUAGGCCUAAACCGAGAGGUCGGCGUCGCUUGGGCUAGAGAUCUUAAGCGCCUGAUGACAAGAAACUUCACUAUGCCUGCCAGGUCCGAGUUUCUGACCCAGAAGCGUACCGAAGUCAUCGGCACCCCAGUCAGGUUGAACAAUCUGCAGGCCGCAGUUCUGUCUCCGGCCAUUUUUCUCCUGGUGCUGGAAACCCCAAGUGCCAUUGGUGGAACGAGCGUGAUUAGGGACAACAAGGAGUGGCUCGAGGCCGUGUUUGAUCUCCUCGAGUCCGCUCUGCGCUCUUUGGACACCGUGGAGAGAAAUACGAUCGUGAAGCAACUUCUGAGAAUGGCUCUGGCGCAUGGCUGCACACCGUCCCUAGCCUCCCUGCAGUUCAUCUGCGGGUUUUACGCUAUCAACAACGAGAACGUGGACUGGGCCCUGGUGUCUGCCCUGGCAGAGUGCGACGCAGACGUUUUCCUUGCGUCCGAAAAGGGAAGAAGCCUGCUUUCUGAUAUCAUGAAGCGUGCUCCCCACGCAUCCAUAUCUGAUGGCGUUGACCACGAUUCUCUAUGCUCCAUGAUGCUGUCACUUGCUAGCGCAUCCGUGAGGGCGAGAGAGUUCCCGAGGUUCGUCAACCAGUGGUUUGACAAUCUUACAGAAUGCUUCGCGGCCGCCGCUUCCCUCGGGACGUCUCUUGCCAAUGUAUUCUGGUUCGAUGUCCAAGUCACUUCGGCCAUCUCGGGCUUUGUCCAGCAGGCCCUGACGACCAAGCAACUCACCAACUUGCUCGGCAACCUGGCCGAAGCCAAGAGCCCGUCGGCACAGGCCGCCCGAGUCAUCGUCUUCGACGCCAUCUGCCGGGGCAUCACCGCCGAGGAUUUUAUCGACGCCGCCGCCCAGGCCUUGUUCCAAACGGUGUGGACUGAUCCCAUCCCGUUCAACAUGGGCGAGGCGUCGGCUGCUCAGUGGAGGAUCGCAUCCAAAGCAUUCACCUGGGGGCUGGCAGCGCGGGGAGAUGGCAUGGGACGCCGCGUAGUCAAGGCCUUGGGGAAGGUUCUGGGGAAGAAACGUGCGCAGACUUCGGAUCCGGCCAUCUUUGACGCCUUCAGGUGCGCUGCGGCGGCCUGGUCGUCGUCUUACGUCGGCGACGGGUCGACUGCCGACCCUGAAUCGGCCAUUCCCCUCUUUCUGGGCCGGCUGAGCCUCGAGCUUCGCGAAACAGGCCUAGACUGUAACGAUUCUCUCCUCGCAAUCCGUCCGGAGCCGACCCAGGAUGUUGCCGCUGCCGAUCCGUUCCGUCCAUUCCAACUAAGCAGCAUAUCAGCAACCACAUAUAUUGCCUGGGUAUUGCUGUGGUUCCCCAGACUCGUAUCAAUCCUCCCCGUGGCAUCCGCCGACGCACCUCCCGAGUUCGUGACUGCCAUGAUGCAGUCCAUUUGCAGCAUAGAUAUCGCGGCUGGUGAUAGCGCUCAGGCCUGUCAUGAUUUGUGUUCUAUGGAGUUGAUAAGCUCAAUGAGCGCUAUCCACGGCGAGAAACCACCUCUGAGGGACCUCGUCGACCCUGUCAUCAACAUCCUGUCUGGCUUGGACUCUAAUCUAGGGGCCACGGCGGGUUUCCUUGUCAGACUACCUGGCGAAUGCAUAUCUCGAAACGACCGUGAACGAAUUGUGUCAACCUUAUUCGGCCUAUCACUCAAACAAUCUACGUCCGCCGAGGAUGGAUGGGUUUUCGGGGAGAGCGCACUGGGCGCCAUGGUUCAGAUGAUGAGGGUGAAGCCUACGCUAUGUCCUGAGCUGAACUUCCGUGGGCUGCUUGAACUUGGCUCCCGUGUCGUCCCUGGUGUUUCCAAGCGCGAGAAGCAUGAUUCAGAGCGCCCCCUAGGCACUGAGGCUGUUGCUUUGAGGCUACUUGAGGAACUAGCUCGAUUAACACUCGGGCAAAUGACGGUCUCCAACGGCGCCAGGGAGAUGGUAUACGUCCGAGAGAUAUGGCCAGUAUUGUCCGAACACAUACAGAAACAGCGACAGGAUGGCGGCCCUGUAGCCCUCACGCUUCUAUCCGUCUUCGUCUCAUCCAUGAGGCAGCUUGGCCCCUCGAAGCACUUCACACAAGAGGUGACUUGCGUAGACGAGGCUACCAAGGAGCUUUGCCGCUUGGUGACGGGGGCCAUGACGAAGUUCGUCGAGGCUAUGGAAAAGAAGGAGAGGAAGAAGAAGGCAGAGACAGAUGCGAGGUCUCUCUUUGGGCUACAGACGGCUUUAUCGGCAUCCGAGUCGUGCUGGGGCCCUGAACUUGAAGCAUCUCUUAUGCCACUGCGAGAGAAGAUAUCAUCUGUAUAUCCGGCGCUCUGUCAUGUCGAUCCUGAACUAGGGUCUCUCCUCACACCGCUUCUCAGCGAUCGUCUUGGCCUGCAUCCGGCGGCCGACCAGGGUGAUCCCUUCGACAAAGAGCUGAACCUCAACAGAGUGCGAGGCUUAGUCGACGCUGAAGGGGAUGUGGCCAAAGCGAGCCUGCUUCGAAAGGUGACAGCACAAUUGAGGCAGUCACCUACUCGGCCAGAGCAGCUGCUCACUGCCCGGCUAGCCUUGAAGCAGAUGACAGCUACCUACCCGCCCGAAGCCGCAGCUGACCUCAGCAUGGCGCAGAGCGCGCUUGCGCAGCUCCUGGUGCAGCCUGGGUCUCUGACGGACUUUGUCGACGCCGCGCGGGCAAGUCACGCGCUACUGGAAGAGAAGCCAAUAUCGGCCACGCAGUGGAACGUGGAGCACACGCUGGCCAGCAUAUGCCUGCUCUGCUCGCCCGACAACCCUGCAACCGAGGUCGUCCGGCGCUCGGCGCAGACGUUUGAGUGGCUGUGCCACCUGGCCGAGGCCGUCCUGAAGCGCCACCGCCGCCGCCUGGACGGCCACAUGCACCUCCUCGUCGCCACGCUGCAGUCGCUCCUCUCGUGCCUCGUCCGCCACCCCUACGACUCGGACCGCCAGGGCUGGGCGUCCGGGGUCGCGGUGGGCGCGGCGCCGGAGAAGUAUCCGCACUGGGAGAGGCACGCGCGCGUGUUUGCGCGCCUCCUGACGCUCGUCUGCGAGCCGAGCGCGGCGUCGGUCGCGCGCCCGCAGCAGGGCGCCACGCUCGACUCGGCGACGGACGCGGCCAAGCGCGUGGCCGGGCAGUACAUGUACCUCGUCAUCGUGGCGCUCAUCAGGCUGCAGCUCGAGGGCGGCGUGCCGCACGGCGUGCGCGAGGCGCUGCUGCCCGGCGUGUAUUCCAUCCUUGACAUCACGCCGCCGGACCUGCGCCGGGUCAUGGCCGACGCCAUGGACUCGAGCGGCAGGGCCAUUUGGAAGGAUCUUUAUGAAAAGUACCGCAAGUUUGGGAAAUGGAGGGGGAUCUGAGGCGUUGCGUUGCGGCCCUGCUGGGAUUGAAUAGAGCGCACGGAGUCACAGAAGGAGCUUGUAUAGAGAAUCAUGAUCCGAGAACUGUAGUUUUACAUGUCCGGCUGUAUACUGUAGAAGUAGACCAGACGAAAGCCUACCUCUUUGGUAGAUGGCUCAUACAGACUGAGUACGGGUAUAUGGUGUAUUCGAUUAUAGGUCUAAUCAUGCGCUUCGUAAGGAGUCGCCGGCAGCAGCAAUCUCAUGCAGCUUUGCGAUGCAUAACUACAAAGUGGAGGCCCAAAGGGCGGCAGGCA